AUGGAAUUGAAAAAAUGCCAAGAGGAGAGGGAUGGUUUGAAAAGAUAUACAACGAUGAUGAAUGAAUCACUUUUUUCCUUAAAUAUGGAAAUGCAAAAACAUGUGGAAAUUAGCAAAAGACUUGAAGCAAUUCUAAAGAACGUUAUCCCACUGCUGCCAAAAGAGAACCAAGAAUCGACAGUGUCAGUGAUUGAAAGGGCUAAAAAUGUAAACUUGUGCCAACAAAGCUAUCUAAGUCCAACAAUGCCUCUUACACAUGCUGAAGCAGCAACUAUAACUGCUCAAAUGUUGAAUAAUUGGAAGUAA